CUUGCGUACUUGAUGAUUCUCUAAUUGUCAAAUAACAAACCGUGUUCCCAUAUGUAUUUGGCCAUGCAAGAUUGAUUUUUAGUUUUGAUAACGAUCAGUCGAACUGGAUGCAGCUUUAGCUGCAGUAAACACACACCGAACCUCAGAACAUGCUAAUCUGACUGAAUCGUGAAUAUCUAUUUCCUUACUGCCGUAUAUGGCAUAGCCUGGAGUCAUCUGGAGACACCCACAGAGAACAGAUUGGCGGCGUGUGUUGACAUCAAUGUCGUGUGGGAUUUACGUCAGGUGUUGGUCAUCAAUGUUCACAUGUACGCUCCCAUCUCAUACAGUGUUCCUUCCAUGUCCAUCUGACGUUAUCUGUUCCCAGUUCUAGGUGAAUGGACAAUGGAACGCGGAGCGUAUAUGUAACACUAUCUAUGAGAGUCAUUUAAUCUCGAACUGAAUGUGGUAACGAAACAAUUUGGAGAGGAUUAUUGUUGCGAAGUGUUUAAUUUGUAUGUUGAUGCCCCGUCAGUGAAUGGAUUGAUAUUCACUGGAGCCCAUGGUGUAGAUGGUCAUCCAACGCAAAUGUUUCAUUAACUGCUUAUGGCCUACGUGUAAUGGGAGUAUGUCAACAUUGAUGCCAAGUGACAUUGCAGCUGUAAUGACCCCACGUUCGAUCUUCUAGUCAUGAUGCUCCUCAACGCACAACGACAGCAAAUGAACAGUGUUGGUAAUAAGCUUUGGGUGCGCUGAACACAUUCAAAAGAGACUUUAUACAUCGACUGCCAUGUUGAACGCUAUAGGAACACGGACGUCCUUCCUGCGGCCAUAUAACCACCAGGAGACUCUUGGGACCUCCCAGUUGUCUUUGUUGGAUAGGAGGCCAAGUACGGCAUCGACAGCCACGAGUAGACAGACACUCGACGACGAAAAGAGUCUAUGUAGAAGCACCAGUGAUUUCUCCGACGGGGAUCAGUACGGUAACGGUGGCAGUGGCUCCUAUGGCUCCAUCUUCCAUCAGCUCCAAGAAGUGAAUGAGGAGUGUGAGGACCCCUGUGAGUUCCUGGGUCGGGCAUUCGACAUUAUCUGGAAUUCAUGGUUGAUGACAACCUUCUUGGUGUCGCUCACUGGCCUGCCCAUUGCCAUGAUUGUCAUUGGUGGUUCUCAUAGAGUAGACUGUCCCCGGGAACCCAAGGUCCCCAUCUACCUUCUGGUCGGAGGAGGAUUCGGUCUCCUCAAGAUGUUGCUGUUGCUAUGGAGACAGAAGAAGUCACGUGACUACGAGCGUCUUGACGACUGUGUUGAUGAUGACGCCGACGAUAUUGUGAUGUCACGUAGCACGCGCUUCAGCGGAUAUAUUCUAACCAUAUUCCUGCUCUCGUGGUUCAUUCUUGGCAACGUGUGGAUCUUCCAGGUGUGGAAACCUAACUUCGUCCAGCCCUUACACGAGCCCAUGAACUGGUGCAACGAGACGGUCUACAUGUUUUCUGUGUAUCAAAUAUUUGCUUGCUAUGGCCUGAUGGGAUUCUGUGUAUUGGAACUCCUUAUACUCCUCAUCGCAUACGCGGUGCUGAAAUUGAGGGUGAAACCCUCUCAGCAGAAGUAAUCGCAGAGAAAUAGCUAUUUUUGCUUUGAAACUCUAUUUUUGUAAAUUACAAAUACUCCAUGAUAGCAAUGACAGUUACCUAAGGAAUGGCUAUUCAGCGUAUCUUGAGAUACUUGUCGAACUGAAGCAAGUGUUUAUUGGCAUGAGGAAUGCAUUAUUGCUUUUGGAUCAUCCUUUUAUUCUUCAGUCAUUUUAAGUUGUACAACCUUUACCAGUGUAAGAAAACGGCGAGGCAGAGAACCAAAUGAAGCAAGUGUUUAUAGGCUCAUCCAUCGUAUCUUCAGUCAUUGUAUUGUUAACAGCCCUUUCAGGAGCAAGAAAGGGGCCAAGCAGAGAUACCAACUGAAGCAUGUGUUUAUUGGCGUAACGAUAUACGUUUUGCUGAUGGAUCAUCAGUCGACUCUUCAGUCAUAUGAAGUUUACCCUUUCAAGUGGUAGAAGGUGGAUAGGCAGAGGUACCAACUCAAGCAUUUGCAUAACGAAAUACGUAUUGCUGAUGGAACAUCAGUCGACUCUUCAGUCAUAGGAAGUUUACCCUUUCAAGUGGUAGAAGGUGGCAAGGCAGAGAUACCAAUUGAAGCAUGUGUUUAUUGGCAUCAUUAAUGAAGUGUUACCUAUGGAAUUAACCAUCGUAUCAGUCAAUGUAACUUUUACAACCCUUUCACGUUUAAGCACAGUUUGUAAAUUUGUGGAUUUAUGGUUUAUAUCUUCAUUGCACUUCUCGGAACAUUUGCUCACUGAUUCAAUGGUGCCGUUUUAACUUGGUUUGUUCUCAAGAACAACCUUAUUAAUGUGUGACAUGUGACUAUCUGACAUAUUGACCACAACGCCCCACCCAAUGUUGUAUCAGUAAAAUUGCAUGAUAUUCACAUUACAAAAUUGUUGAGCCGGGACAUUGCCACUAAUCGUGCAGAGUUGUUCCCCUUAGCUUCCAGCUGCCACAGUUUGAGGUUCGUGCUUACUAUGAUCCUUUGUCUGUCAGCAGCAAUCUCGCUCUGUGUAUACAUCUAUGACCGAUGACACGUUCUAACGAUCGAUAUAACUCAUCUGAAUCGGCAUCACACAUUAACAUCCUUCAAACAUUUUAGACGUUCUAACAACUAGAACAUCUGUAUCAUAGUCUACAAUGACGCUUUGUAGCAUAUAAAUAUCUUAUAUUAGCAGCAAAGAAUAAGCAAAAAAAGCACAUUCUUAUCCCCAAAAUAUAACAGUGGAUCGUCUUCGUCCAGUGAAUAUCACCGUUUUGGGAUAUGCAUAAAUUAAUUAACAUAUACCUCGUCGUUGAAUUAAAAGAUAUCUCUGUUUUCUAAAUUCUAGUCACAUACAUAUUAUGCUAAUGCCCAUUUUCAUAAUGUACAAAGUUAAAAUUAUUUACUAAUUUAAUUAGUUUGUAAAUAUUAAUAUAAUCACGUAUUAUAUUAAGUGUUGUGUCAGACUAGUUAUGCUGGUACGACAUUGGUGUUCCGGUACAUCCACUUACUGGCUCGUUGUUAUCAUCUAUAAUCCCUUAAAGUAAUGUAUACCUGACAAUAUUUUACUAUAAUGAAUGAUUACAUCCGACGGAUUCAAGUGCCUGUUCAAUGUUUGUUUUUAUGAUUGUUUUUUAAAGGCAAGAGACUUGGCAUAACAACACUUGCUGGAACGUGAUGAAGGAGACCAUGUCCAUUAUUGGAUUAUUAUGAACCCUUAUCGGUGCAAGAUGUGUGUUUAUCUGGACUGGUAUGUCGUUCGGAAACGCAAUAGUUCGCUGAAUAUAUACAAUUAAGAGAUGCCAAUUAUUCCAUGUAUUAAGAUAUUUUGUUGAAACACCAUGAACUGGAUCCAGACAGUACUUGGCAUACUGGUAACUAAAUGUUUAUGUCUUCGGUGCUCUCUUGCAAGUGAAAAAAACUAGUAUAUAUACUGAACAAAGAAGUAAGGCAUUGUGAUUGUAUAUAUAUGGGGAUUGUUAUUGAAAUUGCGUUCACAGUCUCUACUACAAUAAUUCAAAUUAUUUCCCCAAAAAUAUUCAUGUUCCCUAAGCUAUUUUUUUGUUCAGGGCAUGUUUCUUUCUAAUUACCGAACAUGUAUGUCAUCCAUGUCAGAGGGCCAGACUAGGGAUUAUGGUAUAAGUUUAUCAAUAAUUGAAAAUAAGCUGUACUAAGGGCGGACAUGAUAUAAGGUCGUACAUGAUGAAACAAAUUUAAGCUUGAAUAUAUAUAGUAAAUACGUUUAAGAUUUGCCCUUACUAAUAACGUUGCAUGUUAAAGUAAGCCUUUUUUUAGGAAUAAAAAACGACAUAUAAAACAACAUAUUCCAUGCAGAGUGACUGUGAUAGCUUAUAAAUCAAAUUAUUUCGUAUCUUUUCCACCAGAAACUGUUACCGGUGUAAAAUAAAAGUAAAAUACGAGUGACGGGAUAUCUGGGUUAAAGUCGUAUGAAUCAGAUGUGCUAUUGUUAAGUUGAGAGUACCAAAAAUGUUGCUGUGCAAAGGGACACUUCCUUAUUGUUUAACCAUUGUACUUAUGGCAUCAUUAAGCCAGACUUAAGCUGUGGUGACGCCAUCGGAUAUUUCCCGUCAGCCAAUUAAGAUGACGCUCGUUUAUAAAUUAUGAUGUUUGCGAACAUUGAAUUUAGUAUUUGUUCUUCAGUUUGUUUUUGUUAUAAUAAGCAUAUGCUUUUAUACCUAAGAAUUGUAUGACAAGGUAGGUACUUUAAAUAUUAACUAUGCUAACAUGUGCAUGACCAAAAGCAUCAAUUUGGAUGAACGAUGAAGGAGAAAAAAUCCUUAAUUUAGUGUUGCUUAAUGUCAUUGAAUAGAACACAGUAUUUUGGUACUCAUACUGUUUAUGAUAAUCCUGACAUUUCACUCGCUUGAGUAAUAUUAGAUUACUUCGGCGGCGUCCUAUAUAUCUAAGUUUGUCCAUACGUUAUCAUAUAAAAUAUUGGUAUGUCCACAAGUUGCCAUGUAAAGCGAUGAACCACAUGCAAGUUCGUCGUCCAGUUCACCUAUUUCAUGUCAUGUGGGUGUCAGCGAUGAUAUUAAAUCAAUGUGUUUAAGCACCUACUAGGGACGUACAACACUUGAUGCUGUUGAACUAAAGGUCAUAUAGGCCAACUUAUUGAGACAGCUGGGAAAGGGAUUAUCUUCCUCCAGGAUGAAAACUGAAAGUUAAGUUUAUGGAUUUCAAAUAUAGAUAGAUGCGAUAGGUGCGUUAAGCAAAUGUUGUUGGCUUGCCAUGUAUAGGUCCAGGGUUAAAAGGACAGAAUUAUGAGUAGGUGGACACACGAGGUAUUGUCGGCCUAGCUAAUGCUCAAGGUCAGGGAUGUAAGGACAGGUUGAUGAGAUAGUUGUCGUGAAAUGAUGUUGUAGGAUUGACACCGAAGUUAGGUACAGGGGAUGGAAGAACAGAUAGGUGUGGAAAAAAGAAUCCCACUGAAAUUAAGGCUCAGGCGAUCUAAAGACAGGGGAAAUAGACGUAUGCACUUGGAAUGAUAGCUCUGGCAAAAAAGUUAAAAUUCAGGGUAUUUAAGCUUCUGUGGUUGUUUUCAUAAGAAUCAUUGGUUCAAGAAAAGAAAAGAAAAAACAUAUUGUUUUAUCAUGUUUUGCAAUAAUUAAUGAAUAAUGCUGGACAUGCUUGAAAUCCUGAGAAAAAUGUGUUCUGAAAAAUAAUUGUUCGGCUUCUUUGCGCGUUUUGAAGAAGUGAUAUAUAGACCCAUAAUGAAUACGAAAUGGUGGGUCCCUAAGGACAUAUGGCUGGGAUAGGAGUCGCACUAGAGGGAGAGCUGACACUAAAGUUAAAAACAACUUGUAUCUCGUUACACUUGAUAUUAAGCUCUGUAUGUUUUUAGUUUUGGUGCAUUGUCUACCCUUGAACAAGACGUUCUAGUCUUCCGAAUAUUUGACGAGUUCCUCCUGACAUGUGUUAAGUAGAUAUUACUUUCAAUGAUACAGAAUAACACACAGUAGCAGGACCCAUUUAAAGAAGACUGAACACAAUGAAACGGUCAUAAUGUAACCCGAGGUCGUACUUUUAUACACCUGGAAAAAAGUAAAGCACUGCUCCUAUAUUUUCUACAUACCGAUCUUCCUUGUUUGUUUUAAAUAUCCAUAAACUGUUUUGACAUUGAUCUCAUUUUCAGAAAUGACUCGGAUACUACCGAUAACUGCUGAUGUUUUAUACAAGGAACAAUGUAUGCUUAUUCAUAUGUUUGGAAGUACUCAGUCAUAAACUGCCAGGAAAAAAGUAUACACUUGAAUAUUGGAUUUCACCAAACAAUAACAAACGUUACUCAGAUGAAAACAGUCGCCGAAAUACUGCAAACUUAAGGUUCAAAACACAACUAAGAUACCCGUGUCAAAUACAUCACCAGCAAAGAACCAUGCCUUGUUUUUUACAAUAUUAGUCACCAUCAAGCAUGGGUGUAUACUUUCUAAUGCAUAGCAGUUUAUGAUGCUAGGACUAAUGUAGUUAAAAGUGUAGUUAAAUAACCAUGCAAGGCGUGUCAUUAAUUUUUUAUUUCAUUGUCUGUAUUCCAUUAUUAGUAUAUUACUUUGUAAACAAACACAAAUGUAUCAAACGUUUCGUCAGAGAAUUAAUUAGCAUAGGGUACAAUUUUAAAACAAUGCUAUUUAAUAUGGAAAUAUGUAGAAAACGGUGCUUAACUUUUUUCCUGGUGUAUACGUCUCAGCAUUCCACUAUAUAUGUUGUAUUGUGUUGCCCAAUAAAAAAAAACAUAUAUUUUUCUAUUACAAGCCUUUACACAGUUCUCCUGAAUUUAAUUCUGUUUAUAUUCUACGUUUAUUAACACAUGUUUUUGAUUCCUGUUGUUCUUCAUCACAUAUUCCAGUAGCUUGCUGACGUCCAUUGCUAGUGGAGCCCGCCCCCACUUCAUGAACCCCACCCACCACCACAUUGCUGCAAUAUUGCUAAAAGCGGCGUCAUACCAUACUCACUCAUUCACACUCCACUACGCUGCCAUGGAUGUGAUUGUUGACACAUAGAGUAAUGCACCGUGCUUAAUGUUGGACACAUAUUUUCACUGAAGUAUUCAUCACAUCAUCCGGACAUCAUCUGUUUUAAAUCUGAUAUGUUAUGUACAUUCAUUUGUAUAUUGUGUUAUUGUUGUUUUGUAUGUUAAGUUGUUGUAUCGUUGUUCUGUUAUUGCUCUAUACAAGUGUGUGGUUUCCCUGGCAGUAUAAUAACGUUCACUGCACAUGUGCAACAUACUACUAUGAAUCAAUAAAUCAUUGCAAUGUGA